GGUGCCGGUGGCCUGGGCCAUACUCGCAGCAUUAGCGGAGAUAGGAGUCAAAGCCCUCCCGACUCAAGGGCGCCUCGGCUGCCUGACGUUGACUUCAAUGCACCUCCCGGUGCCUACAACCAAACCGGCUACGGCCAAGGAGGUUACGGUCAGGGAGGAUUCCGCUAGGGAUACUAAGCGCGUCGCAUCAUCGACAAGUAAAAGUAAUUCAGCAUUGUAAAUUUUUCUUAUUUCCAAGAUGGUUGGGAUAUUUGACCAACUGCUUUUGGGUUCUUGUACAUGGUUUUGCUUUUGGGAUAUAUCUGCAUUGCCACCAACGGAGCGCAUUAUUAUCUCCUUUUUUUCUUUGUUAUACCUUGGGAACGGCACCCAACCAACCCACUCUUGCAUCAUGGGCGAUGCCCCUUCCCACAUACACACACAUUGUGUUUUGGCAAGACGGCACUGCUCCACGACACGAAUGUCUUUCCUUUAUCAAGCCAACACUGUCCAAUUUCUGUUACCAUCCAACAUACCUCAGUCUACCCAGUCUCUCUUUCCCAUUCAAAGAGGAAUCGGAGAGGGAAGACAACCACACACAAAGAGACGCUUAGGCAACUACUACCUGGGGGACGAGGGGGGAAGCGCGCAUAAACAAUACCAUACAACAUUUUGUAAUUAACGACGCGGCCUCUGUUCCGUCAUAUAGGGCCUGUGGCCCCCAAACAGGAAAGGAGUGCGCCAAAAG